UUUCCUUAAGUUCUUCGUUGUAUUCGUGUGACUAAACCCUAAUAAGAUUGACUCGAGAGGCUCCCUCUCCUUGGACUAGUUCUUUGGGCUUUUUAGGGUUCUUCUGUGAUUUGCUGCUGCCUUCAUAACUUCUUGGGCAGUUGCAUUUCAGGGUAUUUCUUCCAGCUCUUUUCUCGUCUCUCUUGGGUUUUCAUGGUUGGAGUUUUUUGGUUUGCUAUUUAUUUUAGUGGGUUUAUCAUGAGUUCGGUGGAAGGGAAGCAUGAUGGGAUUCUAUGAGGCUCACAGUACGGAAUUUCUCACUUUGGGAACUUCACAUCCGACUCUAUGUUCAAGGUCUUCGGCUUAGUGGGGUCUUAGAUGGCUAUAUGCCCCAUACCGAUGAUACAGCCACAGACAAGGAGAAGGCGGAUUGGGAGGCUAGCAAUGCUCAUGUGAGGUUAUGGAUUUUCCCUUCGGUCGAUUCGGACAUUACUUUGAGUCUUUGGGGCUUCUACACUGCCCAUGAUAUGUGGCAGCAUUUGCAGUGCAUUCACUCUCAAACUAAUGCCACCCGCAAGUUUGAGCUUGAGACGACUGAUAACACCAAAAUCAGUGUUAUUUACCCUCCCUCUUAGGGUAUUUUUUGUGCCAAUUCAUGUGCUUAAUCGUUUAAACAUUGUCAAAUACAUUCCUAUUUCGUUCCUACUUGAUUUUGAUGUGAUUAUAGGGGUUAUUAGUCAAUAUGUUCAAAUUAGGUACAAAACAAGAUAAAAAGUGUAGAAAAAGGGCAAGGAUCAAGGAUUGUCGCAUAAAAGCAAAAGAUCACGGGCGAGAUCUCCAGUCGUUAAGACUCGCUGAAGAUCGCGGCCCAGAAGCCAAAGAUCGCGAUUGCGAUUUUGGAGCCCUAGGGCGUGAACUUUGCGAUGAAGGAGCCAUGGAUAAGCAGAGACUUUCCCUUGUCGAAUAAAGGCCAAUGUGCAAACUGCCCGCGAGGAAGAUCAUGGCUGCGACUCAAGGAUCGCGACCGCGAAGUCAGGCCAUGAUCUCUCCCGUCUUUAAGGCCUCGACGACAAUGUUAAUAGAUCACGACCCAGUGACCAAAGAUCAAGACCGCGAUAUCCUUGCCUCAGCCCGCGAACUUCCCGAAUCCAAGUUGCCUAUAAAUAGAAGACCCCCUUCCCCCUUUUCAAGGGAGCUGAUUUUGGGUGAAAUUUAUGGUUCUAGAGAGAGAAGAGAGAGAAGCUGAAGGGAGAAGGAGUAGCUAGGAGCAAGGAGACAUCUUCUAACCCCAAAUCUUCUUCUAUUUCUACCAUGUAUCUUUUUCCCUCCUUUAUGGAGUAGUCCUCUAAGGUACUAUGAGUUCUAAACCUCAAACUCUAGUUUUAGGGUUUAUUAUGUAUGUAUGUAUGUAUGGAUAUUUUAGGGUUUGAAUGAAUGAAUGUGUUUGUCUAGUAGAUUUUUAAUGUCACUAUUUCCUAAACGAUUACGAUUGGUAAGUCACCCUAAUCUUCCCUCUUAGCCUACUUUAUUAUACCACGCUAGGUAAGGGGUUCUAGGGUUAGACGGGUAUGCGUCAGCUGGAGAGUUUAGGUUAGAUAUGUAAAUAGGGGCCUGUAGUGGUUGAGGCCAUCGAACCCCUGCUAUAGGUAGCCUUCCUAGAUGGAACCCAAGAUGAAACCUCGGUGUGGAUGGUGGAUAGUGUCCAUUUAAAUGAGCCAUAAGCUUAAAGCCUCAGAUACGAUAGCCUAGAUCGAGGUGACUAAAACAUGGGUUUAGGGGAGGAGUGUGGAUAACGACGAAGGCCCAUGAAAAAGAGCUCACUCACCACAUCAAUGAACCUAAGUAUAUAUACAUGCAUAGUAUCCCUGAGUAGGGGGGGAUUAGUUCCCCGAAGUACCUGUUUUUAGCUUUGAUCAACCUCUAGACUAGUGUUUCAUCAUAUCAUCCACUCAAAACCUCAAAAACCAAUUACCUAAUUAACGACAAGGUGGGAAGUAGGCUCGGGUACCAGGACCCGAGUAGAAUACGACCUUGAUUACCACUAUAAGACAAUGGGGUCAUAGGUUAAACUUGCCUUAGGAUGGGAUAGUUAUUGGUACAUGCAAACCACUGACAACAUGCACGGAUUCAAGUGAUCAACGACUUUGGCUCGUCUAGAUCAGGGCGACAAAUAUUUUCGUGCUUACUUUCAGAUCCAGGCUAUGUUUCCUUUGUGGAAGGAACAAGAUCUUCAUUUGCGACUCAAGUAUGAGAGCAUCGGUGACUCUCUCCUCCAUCACAAUGUUUCUUCCAUUGAGGAUGCUCGGGGAACUCCUUCGUGAAGAAACUCGGCUCCAAAGCCAAGCUCAGCUAGAUGUUCACUCGGCUGACUCUCGGAAUGCCUUUGUUGUGCUUGGGAACCAUCCUCAGUUCCAGCGUACUCACAGUGAUGUGGUGAUUUGUCAAUUUGGUAAGGAGCCAGGUCAUAUCAAGUUUCAUUGCAAGAAACACAAUGUUUAUAA